AUUGUUGGUUUAAAUACGAAUAAUGUACCUAAUAUUUUACUUAUGUUAUACCAUUAUUGUAUCUUUUUCUUUUCAUGAGAUUAUUUAAAUUUUUUGCAUGCGAAUUUUCUUAUUCUUCCAGGGAAGGCAACCACCCCGAUGACUACUCACGCGGUCUCACUUAUCGUAAAUUACUCGAAGAAGUUUGUCGCUUCGCAAACGUACUUAAAGACCAUGGUGUGAAGAAGGGUGAUCGCGUCUCCAUUUAUAUGCCGAUGAUCCUCGAAUUGCCAAUUGCUAUGUUGGCUUGUGCGCGUAUCGGCGCCGUACAUUCCAUUGUUUUUGCCGGCUUCUCAUCCGAUUCGCUGGCGGAGCGUAUGUUCGAUUGCAAAGCCAAAGUGCUGAUCACCGCUGAUGGUGCUUGGCGUGGCGAGAAACCAUUGUACCUGAAGGCACUCUGUGAUGUGGCGCUGGAGAAGGUCGAAGAGUUGGGACACAGCGUGGAUAAGUGUAUUGUGGUGUCACAUUUGAAACGCGUGACGCCAUGCGUUGACGAUCAUGUCGAACAGGAUAUACCGUGGACGGAUGAUCGUGACUUUUGGUGGCAUGAAGAGAUGGAAGACAAAGAACCAGCCUGCUAUCCUGAGUGGAUGGAGGCGGAAGAUCCACUUUUCAUGUUGUACACAAGUGGCUCUACCGGCAAACCGAAGGGCGUGUUGCAUACCACAGCGGGCUAUUUGCUAUAUGCAGCGACUACAUUCAAGAUCGUCUUCGAUUAUAAGCCCGGUGAUGUUUACUGGUGCACAGCCGAUAUUGGCUGGAUUACUGGGCACACAUAUGUGGUGUAUGGACCGUUGGCAAAUGGGGCAACGUCGGUGAUGUUUGAGGGUACACCAUUCUAUCCCGAUAACGACCGAUUCUGGGCUGUGAUCGAUAAAUAUAAGGUGACUCAGUUCUAUACCGCACCCACAGCUAUACGUGCGCUAAUGAAAUUUGGCGAGGCGCCCGUCUUGAAGCAUAAUCUAAACGGUUUAAAAGUACUUGGUAGCGUUGGCGAACCUAUCAAUCCAGAGGCUUGGCUGUGGUUCUACCGCUACAUCGGCAAAGAGAAGUGCUCGAUUGUUGACACAUUCUGGCAGACAGAGACAGGUGGUCAUGUUAUUACUCCCAUUCCAGGCGCUACACCCAUGAAGCCGGGUUCAGCGUCGUUCCCAUUUUUCGGUGUUAAGCCCACGCUACUCGAUGAAAGUGGUAUUGAAAUCAAGGGCGAAGGUGAAGGUUAUCUAGUCUUCUCGCAGCCUUGGCCAGGCAUGAUGCGCACGUUGUUUAACAACCAUGAACGCUUUGAGAGCACAUAUUUCUCGAAGUUCCCUGGCUUCUACUGCACCGGCGAUGGUGCACGCCGCGAUGCUGAUGGUUACCUUUGGAUCACCGGUCGCGUUGACGACAUGCUUAACGUUUCGGGACAUCUGAUGUCUACGGCCGAAGUAGAAUCCGUGCUCACCGAACAUCAUCGUGUGGCCGAGGCAGCAGUCGUUUCGCGGCCACAUCCGGUGAAAGGUGAAUGCCUCUAUUGCUUCAUUACACCGAAUGAGAAUGAAAUAUUCGAUGCGAAACUUGUGUCGGAAUUGAAGAAGCUAGUACGUGAGCGUAUUGGACCAUUCGCAAUGCCUGAUGUUGUACAACAUGCACCCGGUUUGCCAAAAACGCGCUCCGGUAAGAUAAUGCGACGCGUAUUACGCAAAGUGGCUGUUAAUGAUCGUAAUGUUGGCGAUACCUCAACGCUGGCCGAUGAGAGUAUCGUUGAGCAAUUAUUCAAGAACCGACCGAUAGAAGCUAAGUAAAUAUGAAUAAGCAAUGGCGGACGUACACACAUACACAUACUUUAUCGCAGCUAUAAAAGAAAUUUAGAAAUAAUUUGUAAAAAGAAUGAACAUAUGCUACUUAAAGAUGUAGGUAAAAGGCGUGAAUGCAAGGUCUAAACAACGAGGGUAAAAAAAUUGACAAAGUCAAAAUGUGCUUAUACUAUGUAUUCGUAGAAGUGGGAUCAAGUAGUGGUUGAAAAAAAAAAAAAUACAGUUAUACAAAAGCUUGAAGCCAUACAUACAUACAAACUUUAGCUAUAUACAUAAGUAGCACCUAGAUUUUGAAUUUUAUUUUGUUUUUUAAUCUUUUUAAUUGCGUGGCACAUUCACGUAUUAAGUGUAAAAAUUAAAAAAUCUCCAAAUAUUUUAAGUAAAUAUAUAAGUAAUAAUUUAGUUUAAUGCCUUUCUGCACAAAAAAAUAUUUCCAUUUCAUGGUGCAUUAAAGCUCAGGACAAAUGCGUCCUGGGAUAACGGAGGUUGACUUUAUAAGUAGUUAAUUUAGUGGCAACACUUUUUCUUUUAAAUACAUAUUUCUUAGAAAUAAAUUUGAAUUCAUUUACACAAAUUUUCAAGCCGAAAGUGAUUUCGCAUCACAAAGUUUGGAUUUCCUGGUACUUUGGAAAUUAUGUAUGCAUUUAUUGUUUAAUACACUAAAGCAUAUGCGCAGAAUAGAAAACAAAUAUGUAGUAGUAGCAACUAAAACUGAAUUUUAGUCGUACAAGCGU